AUGUACACGCGCUGCUGCGCUUUAUGCGUGUCGUGUUACGCGUGCCGUGCUGCCACUACUGCUGCGUUGGUCUCUGCUUUUGGUUACGGCUCUACUGCUGCUAUUGCUACUUCUUUUGAGCUCAGGGAGCUACUAGCUCUUUGCCUUAAGCGAAUUCGCGGCCUGAAAAGCCUCUCCCGCAUAUCGGACUGCCGUUGGCUCUACUCAGAGCCCCACAGCAACAAGUUGUUGCUGCGUCUCACCGCAAGAGCGGACGUGCUGGAGGGCAAGGCGGAGGUAGAGCAGUCAUUCAAUGUUUCGGGGCUAGUUCACAACAUGCAAUGCGACGAAUGCAAGCAGGCCUUCACGCCGCAUGCAGGUUGGGGCGCGCGGGUGCAAGUGCGACAGCGCUGCGACCACAAGCGAACGUUUUUAUUCUUGGAGCAGCUCCUGCUGCAGCAGCACAACUUGCUGCAGAAGCUCCUGAGGGUUGUACAGCGAAAAGAUGGCCUGGAUUUUUAUUUCCCAAAUAAACAAGCUGCAGCAUCUUUUGUAUCCUUCUGCAGCAGCAGGCUGCCGUGCAGCAGCCGUAGCAGCAAGCGGCUGAUAUCUCACGACUGCAACAGUAACACGUAUAUCUACAAGCACACGGUGUACGUGGAGCUACCUGCUAUCUGCCGCGACGACUUAGUCUACAUUCCCGCCAAGAAGGCCCAGGAUUCCUUUGGGGGCUUUCCUUCGCUCUCGCUGUGCACAAGAGUCUCGUCCACACUGCACCUGACGGACCCUUUUUCUGGAAGGCACCUCGACAUGGCUGCCGAUGUCUAUUUCAGGGAUACAUUUAAACCCAUAUGCACCCGCAAGCACCUCUCGCACUUCCUUAUUCUUGCUGUUACACCACUGGAGCAAACGCAGCAGCAGCCACAGCAGAAGCAGCAGCAUGGAAAAAGACACCAGAAGCAGCAGAACAAGCAGCAGCAGCGGCAGGAAGCUGCUGCGGGGGACGAUGCGAUGACAAUCGACACAAAUGCAGAAGCAGCAGGAGCGGGGACCGGGCGGACCCUUGACUCAGCGACGAAGAGCAGCAGCAGCGGCAGCAGCAGUUUGGUGGAGGUUGAGCUGCUGCGUUGUAGUGCCAGCGGCGUUCCUGAGGGGGAGCCGUUAACUACAGUGAGCCAUUUGGGGGCCUUGCUGCACGCAGGAGACUUUGCUGCGGGCUACGACUUGCAGCGAAUCAAUUUGUCAGGUUUCGUGGACGACUGCUUAGAUCGGGACCUACACUGGCCCAGCAGCAGCAGCAGCAGCAGCGGCUGUGAGCAGCAGGAAGGUCUCGCUGGGGCCCCUUGGCCUGUGAUGCUUGUCAAGAGACAUUACCCCUUCCGAAAGACGGGGAGGAGACAGUGGGUGUUGCGGACACUGCAGAAGCAUGAAGAGGACGGCACGGGAAUAGAGGAAGACGGGGAAGUCGUGGGGGCCCCUCAGGGGCCCGAGAGCAGCGCUGAGGGGGCUCCCCACAGAGUACACGGCAUGCACAGCCGGAAGAAAAGAGGGGCGUCUCAGCGUCGUGGUGCUGCUGCGGCAGAAGAUGAAGACAUGGAGGAGUUCCGGAAGGACCUUGAGGAAGAUGCAGAGCUGCGGAAGCAAGUGCUGUUGUACAAGGACCCGCGAAUCAGCUACACCAAAGCGACAGGUGCGGCGAAGGUACGCGCCGGCAGCAGCAGCAGCAGCAGCAAACAGCAGCAGGGGCUGAAGCGACGGGAAGCCAACAAAGCGAGGAAACUGGCUGAGGCACACGACAGAGCGCGGCAGCAGCAGCAGCAAGAGCGGGAGGGGGAUGAAGGAGACAGUGCCCAGUCCGACAGUGAGCAAGACGCAGGGUCAGGGCCUGUCAUAGACAUCAGUGAACUUCUGGAGGGUCUCUCUCUAGAAGAUUUAGAGCCCGUACAACUGGGCCAGGGGAACCUUUCCCGUAGCGCAGACCAGGGGCCCCAACCCCCUAGUGACGAAGAGGACACUUUGUGA